GUCUAAAGUAGUGUGGAAGGCGGCUGCCUGCUCCGCGCGGUCUCUUCCCGUCUCGGAGCGAGCGAUCAGCGGCGUCGCCGCGCGGAUCCGAAGCGCGCGCGAGAAUGCAGGGCGGAUCCAGCGGCAUCGUCUAUGGCGGCCUCAAGUACCAGGCGCGGUGUAUCGCCGACGUGCGCGCGGACGCCGGCUCGACCACCUUCCUCGCCGGCACCCUCAGCCUCAAGGAGGAGAACGAGGUGCACCUGAUCCGGCUUUCGCCGGCGGAGGGCGAGCUGGUGUGCGAUGGCCUCUUCUACCACCCCGACGAGAUCUGGGACCUCAAAUCAUGCCCCUUCGAUCACAGGAUCUUCUCCACAGUCUACACGUCUGGUGAGGGCUAUGGUGCGUCAGUUUGGAAGAUGCCAGAGGUCAAUGGGCAAUCAAACUCACCGCAACUUGACCAGCUCUUUGAGCUUAGUGGGCAUAGGGGCAAGAUUAGACGUGUGAUCUGGUGGCCACUUGGAAAGCAUGAUAAACUAAUUAGCAUUGAUGACCGAAAUAUUUUUCUUUGGAGCAUAGACACGUCAAAUAAAUCAGCUAAGGUGAUCUCACAAGGAUCAGCUGACAUGCUUCCAAAUUUACGUGGUGGAGCUUGGGAUCCACACAAUCAUAAUUCAGUUGCUGCAAUAUCUGAUUCGUCACUUCAGUUGUGGGAUCUACGUUCUAUGGAAAAAUCAACUGCAAUUGAACAUGCACAUAUACGGGACGUGGAUUAUAACCCCAAGAAGCAAAACAUUAUCGCAACAGCAGAAGACGAAUUUGGAAUUCGCUUGUGGGAUCUCAGAAUGCUUAAGCAUCCUCUAAAAGAUCUCCCUGGGCACUCACAUUGGACAUGGGCUGUUCGGCACAAUCCUGAGUAUGACGAGUUGCUUCUGAGUGCUGGAACAGAUUCAACUGUAAAUUUAUGGUUGGCUAAAGUUAGCAGUGACGAUUCUGAAUCUGAUAGCCCUUCUGGUUCACCGAAUAGGCAAGAAGAACCAUUACUCAACUCAUAUACCGACUACGAAGACAGCAUCUAUGGUAUUGCAUGGAGCUCCCAUGAUCCAUCAUUAUUCGCUUCUUUGUCGUAUGAUGGAAGGGUUGUCUUGGAAUCAGUGAAGCCCUACUUGCAGAGAAAAUAAAUCUUGCUCGUCUAUCUUUUUUUGAAUUGCUUGUUUGUUCAUAUUUGAAGCCGUGUAACUUUGCCUUGCCAUUCUGUACCCUCUUCACAAGCAUUUAUGUGAUGAUUCAUUUUACUGUUGUAGCAAUGGCAGAAAUAUCGAUAACAAGAUUGAUGCAGAAAUCAUCCUGGCUGACAUAAGGUCUUCGGCCCAAUUAUUAAAGCCAGCAAUGGUCGCAAAAAACCAGAUCUAGCUUCAGUUGGAGAUAGUACAGCACAGUUGAGACUGUCAGCAGUUUCCUUUCCUGUAUCUUCAAAUUUUGUUCGCUAGGAUUUGGUGUUUAGUUGCUAGAAACUUGGCUGUGAAGAUCUGAUCUGUAUGUUAAUAACCGUUGUCCAUCUGUCUGAAAUAUUGUUGCUUACUUGAUUUGUAGGAUGUUGUAUAUUUGAAAAGUGUCCAUAAAAAGGUCUUGCGUUGUAUGAUGAGGUGGAGUUGGACUGAAUUUGUAAAACCAUUCAGAAAUUCAGAUUACCAGGAUUAGUUAAAAAAAACUUUUGUUUUGCA